UUACUCCCAGGCACUGACGCAGCCCAAGGAAAAUAUGCUCAGAUGCUCUUUAACGAGCUGUUUGAAGGCUACUCCAACGCUCUCCGCCCCGUUCAAGACACAGAUAUGGUUCUGAAUGUUACUCUUCAGAUCACGCUUUCCCAAAUCAAAGAUAUGGAUGAGAGAAACCAAAUUCUGACAGUCUAUCUGUGGAUUCGCCAGACGUGGUACGACGCCUUUCUGACGUGGGACAAAGACAGAUAUGACGGCUUAGAUUCCAUCCGGAUCCCCAGCAAUCUUGUAUGGAGGCCCGACAUUGUACUUUACAACAAGGCCGACGAUGACUUCUCUGAGCCGGUGAACACCAACAUUGUCUUGAGGUACGAUGGGAAGAUCACUUGGGAUGCCCCAGCCAUCACCAAAAGCUCGUGCGUGGUGGACAUCUCCUACUUUCCUUUCGAUAGCCAGCAGUGCAAUCUGACCUUCGGUUCCUGGACCUACAACGGGAACCAAGUUGACAUCUUCAACACGCUAGAUUCGGGCGACCUCUCGGAUCUCAUCGAAGACGUGGAGUGGGAGAUCCAUGGCAUGCCGGCGGUGAAGAACGUGAUCACUUACGGUUGCUGCUCCGAGCCUUAUCCAGAUGUUACCUUCACGCUCGUCUUGAAAAGGAAGUCCUCUUUCUACAUCUUUAACCUGCUGCUUCCUUGUCUCUUGAUAUCGUUUCUGGCUCCGCUGGGAUUCUACCUUCCGGCAGACUCUGGAGAAAAAGUAUCUCUCGGAGUUACGGUUCUGCUUUCUCUCACCGUCUUCCAGCUCAUGGUGGCAGAAAGCAUGCCCCCGUCGGACAACGUCCCCUUGAUAGGUAAAUAUUACAUCGCAACCAUGGCCAUGAUCACUGCCUCGACCGCCCUCACCAUCAUUAUAAUGAACAUUCAUUAUUGUGGCUCUGGAGCCAAGCCCGUCCCUCGGUGGGCAAGGGUGGUCAUUUUGGACUACAUGUCCAAGAUCUUCUUUGUGUACGACAUGGGCGAAAACUGCACCAGUUUGCAGUGUGCGGGGGAGCAGGGCUCGGAGUCCAAAGCAGCCCAUGCAAGUUCAAAAGAGCGAGGUGGGUAUGAAGGGAGAAGGAAGCCCCUUAGUAAGGGGGGCAGCAGGGACGGUGACCCCCUCAAGGAGCCGUUUGAUGGAGAGGACAAGGCCCACGGACAUCCAGAGGACAAUCCACGGGAGACGGUCGGCUGCUGCUCGUGUUACCGGGCAUUAAUCCAGAAUAUUGAAUACAUCGCCGAUUGUGUCAGGCGCCACAAAGCCAACCACGCCAAAGGGGCGGAAUGGAAAAAAGUGGCCAAAGUGAUGGAUCGCUUUUUUAUGUGGAUCUUUUUCAUUAUGGUCUUCUUCAUGAGCGUUCUGGUUAUCGGGAAAGCUUUUUAA